UUUCUGUUUUUUAACAAAGCGUUAUGGGUGUAACUGAACCACUGAGUCUCAGGCUUGUGUUUUUAAUUUUCUAAUUUCAACUACUAAUCUUUUCUUGCUGAAUGUACCUUCAUUAUUUAUACAGAUUCCCUCAGAGGCACUUCUGGAGUAUGCAGAGUUAGUUGAAGCAGGACUACUUGUUCAAGGUUUAAUGUCCCAACAACCCACAUCCGCUUUUCUGAGUUUUGGUUUUCAGAAACAAAAUAGCAGAACAAGUUUUCAAAAUGGAUUCUGUACAACAGCCUGAAAGUGACUGCCAGAUAAUCUCUGAACUUAAGGAGUGUGACAUGCCACAUUCAGGUACUGAACAGUUACAAAUGGAUCACAUCUCAGAAGGGUGUGAAAUCUCUGAAUGCAUUAUGGAUCACCAUGAAGAAUCCAAAAGUGAAUGGGGCACUGAAGAAGAAACAAGGUAUAAAAGCAGUACAAGGGACAUUACUUCACCUAUAAUGAUGGAGACAGAUAUUGAUCAUACAGCUGUUCUACUUCCUUCUGGAGGAACUCAGAGCUGGCCUCAUGCAGAACUGGUGGCUGUCAGUGAAACACAGCCACCCCAAGAGCCUCACUGUGAAUUUUGCGAUGUGUUUCUUCAGCCAUGCAUGGAGUUGCUUCGCAAUACGAAUUAUGUUCACUCUACAAAUUGGCCAUCAGAAGUUAGUUCACCUAACUGUACUACAGACUGGACUAGCACUCUGCCUACAUGUCUCAAAAUAACAACUUUGCCAUUCAGUUUUGGAACCCACUCUCAGACAUUUUCAAGGGCUCUUACUGAAGACUGUUUUUCCCAGAUGAAUAUGGACAAAACUAAGUCAUCAGAGUUAUUCCAGCUUAAUCCAUCUAAAUUUGAAGUUUAUGGGAAGGUCGAUGAUUUCAUGGUCCAAAAAUUUCAAGAUAUGGAAUUUAGAAACAGAACUUUAGUGCAUUCAGACUAUAGUUUUUAUGAGAUGGGAAUUCUAGGACAGCAGUCAGAGAAUGAUCUUUGUGAGCAUAGUUCAGAAGAGGACACUGAUGAGACAGCAAAGCACAUUGUCCAAGAAUCUAUCUUGGAACUGGAAGAGAUCACUCACACUGAUUCUAUGAGUGACUACAUUUUACGGAGUACAAAUUAUUUAAUUAAGAAUGAUGUUCCUGAGGACUCAUUUGAGAGCUUGGCUGAGGAACCAUCAAAACUGUACACUGGAAAUAAUUUUGAGAGAAAUGCCUUGGCCAAAGCUAUAAAUAGCAGCAAAGUACCUGUACCAGAAUCUGGUAUGAUUGGUAGUGAAGGCCAGCAAAUGAGUGGCAGGCAUUUGGAAAAAGGUUUAUGUACCAGGCCUAAUGUUAAUGAAAUGAUUUGUAUUAAUGAUACAGUUGAUUGUGUUUCAGAAGAGGCUUCUGUAGACAGCAGUCAGAUAAAAAACAACAAAAUAAUCCAUUCAAACAGAAAUGGCAGCAUAACACAUUUGGUGGGUUAUGUGCAUGAUGAAAAUCUUGUACCAAGUCACAAUGACAUUAAAUGUCUAGAUGUGGGAGCCUACCCACAAACUGUCGAUAGCGAGGUAAUUCAGAAGAGCCAUAUAUUUGAGAGAGACCACAUAGAGGAUAAAACUGAAAUUAGACUUGGAAGUAGAUCGGACUGUACAGAACAGUCCACAAAUAAUGAUUCUGUAGUUUGUGUGAUAUAUGAGGACACCAGUAACAGACUGCAGUUACAUGACAACUCACGUGUGUCCACUGAUACACAUAACAAUUCACGUAUGUCCACUGAUACAUUCCAUCUAGGUAAAGGGCAACAAGAAUAUCCCCCGUUAAAGAAAAAAAAGAAGAAAAAGAUAUGUAGGCAAGCUACUUCUAGAAGUCUAAUCAAGAAACUGGUUAAGGAAACUUUUAGCAGUGUAAUCAUGGAAAAUAGCCAAAAAUUUUUGGAUGAGUUGCGAGAUGCAUAUCUUGGGACAGUUCUAAGAAAACACUACUUCCAUCUCCUAGAUUCAGGCCUUAUUAUAUCCAAAGAAGCACAAGGAGAAAAACUUUUUGAUUUGGAGCUGAUUACUUUGAGAAAUGGAGCAAAGCUAGCCUUGGCACGAGGCAGCACCUGUUACAGUUAUAAUGAGGGAUGGAACUUUUGUGUUACUGAAGAACUGAAUGAAAACUGGUACAGAGUGAUUGACAACAUAACCCAAGAGAAAAUACUGAUGAAAAGGGUGUCAGUAACUUGUGACUGGAGAAAAACAUUGCACAACUUUCUUUUUCUUUCCUUUCAUCCUCGGCUGCUCCUUCCCUAUGCAGUGGUUUAUAAUAGAAAUGGAGACAUUCUCUACCUUAUGGAAAAUCAACACAUCACAGGUAUUGGAAAACCACCAGAACAAGGGUACAUGAAUGAAAGAAAAAUAUUUCAGCAGAUCCUGGAAUUUCUGAGAUUCUGCAUGCAACACAAGUUGCAUCCAGGUGACCUGAAUGCCAGCAUGUUCUGCACCACUGAGCAGAUUUGGUUUGACCCAACUUGCCUCUCUAAUGUUGAGGAUCUUGCCUCCUAUAGAAAAUGUCUCAGGACUGCCAUGGAUUAUUUCCCUAGUCAUUCAUUUCAGGAUAUUAUUGCUUCUGAAUCCUUGUAUGAAAGCAUUUGGGAGACACUGGAAAUGGAAGGAAACCUCCAAGAGCCACUUUUACCAAUCAGAGAGUCUGGAAUUUUCAUCAGCCCAGGAUUUGUGGACUAAAAUAACAAACAAAAUGAUAAAUGAGUUUGCUUGGAUAGGAGAUUCGGGAAAUGAAUCACAUUAGUAACAAGGACCUGCAGUAACCCUCUUGUUCAGUUUCUUUGAGAGCCACAUUACAUUUGAUUCAUUUAUUUUUAAUUAAAUAAAUGUUGUCACCUUACUGAGAAGGGAAAUAUCAACUGUGCAUUAUCACUCUCCAUCUGAAUUUGCUGUAAUAUCACCUUCAGGCUAAAAUUUAAUUUAACACUAGCACUGCCAUUUGAAAGUCUGUGGGAUUGGACUGUCAUUUCUUCUGCUGAGUAGAAUUCUCAAUAUUUUGCAUAAAAAAAGUUUUAAUCUGGC